UUGGACAAUGGAAAAGGGGAGGGAGAAGACUGAAAGGAGGUUGGACAAAUAGGAGGAGUUUGUCUGCUAGUCCCAACAGCCUUUCUCCCUUUGGCUCAGAAGCAGCCUUACAACCCUCUUUGGUUUCAGAGACAUAGGGAGUCCUCAGAGCUCUGCUUUGGCAAUGGCCAAGCUCACAGUCACCCCAAGGACAUCCCUUGUUGAUGAACCAGUGAAAAUCCAUGUCUCUGGCUUGGCUCCCUCUGAGCUGGUGACCCUCCAAGCCUCUUUGACAGAUGAGAAGGGGGUGCUUUUCCAGUCCAGAGCUUUCUACAGGACUGAUGAGGCUGGUGAGGUUGAUUUGGAGCAAGCUGCUGCUCUGGGAGGAGAUUAUGCUGGCGUGCACCCCAUGGGUCUUUUCCAGUUCCUGAAACCAGAAAAGAUGUUUCACAGGUUGAUGAAACGAGAUGUGAUGCAGAGUCCAUUCCACGUGAGCCUGGAUUUGUUCAGCUCAUUCCACUUGGUUUCCACACCCCAUGAUCAGCCUGUGAUAAGCCAGACUGUGGAAAGAUGGCAUGUGGCACCGGGAGUCCAACGAAUCCUGAUCAGGGACGGCAGAGUGCGUGGGGCCCUCUUCCUCCCACCAGGAGAAGGUCCUUUCCCAGGGCUGAUUGACCUGUUUGGCGGCGUGCGUGGACUUAUUGAAUUUCGAGCCAGUCUUCUCGCCAGUCGUGGUUUCGCUGCACUUGCCCUGGCGUACUUUGGUUAUGAAGACCUGCCUGAGAUUCUAAUUGAGGUGGAUCUGGAAUACUUUGAGGAAGCCAUCAACAUCCUCUUGAGACACCCCAAGGUGGGGGGAACAGGGAUUGGCUUGGUCUCAGUAUGCAAAGGUGCUGAGAUUGCACUGGCCAUGGCAUCAUUCCUUCCCAAGAUCAAAGCCGUAGUUUGCAUUAAUGGGACCAGUGCCCUCAAUGGGACGUCGCUUUGCUAUCGGAAUCUACACAUCAAUCCAAUCCCUUACAAAAUGGAGCACAUACGGUAUAGGUCCAUGGGACAGCUGGACAUCCAUGACAUAGUUGAGGUCAUACGCACAGAGACAAGUCAGGGGAGCAUCCUACCUGUAGAAAAAGCUGAAGCCAACAUCCUUUUCAUUGUGGGAGAAAAUGACAGGAACUACAACAGCAAAGCAUUUGCUGAGGAAGCGAUGGAGAGAAUGAGGAGGCAUGAGAAGAAGAACUACAGCAUGCUUUGUUAUCCAGGUGCUGGACACCUGAUUGAGCCCCCAGGGUCACCAUUCUGCUACCACUCAUGGGUCUCCAUGUUUGCCUGUGUUGUCGUAUGGGGAGGAGAAGCCCAGUCCCAUGUUGCAGCACAGGAGCAUUCUUGGAAGGAGAUCCAGAAAUUCCUUUGGCAGCACCUUCACCCAGGUGUAAGCAGCAAGCUCUGAAUACUGGGAGGCAUGGACCAAGGAAUGUCUGUGCCCAUCCCUUCCAGGCACCCGAUUAAUAAAUACUAGAAAUGUGCUGCCAGUUGGGAGUUCUUCAUUGAAAUGGAGAUUCACUACAACAGAGGUCAAAUAAAGGUAUUUCCAGGCCCUUCA